CCUUCUUAAUUCUUUCUCUCACCGCAAACUCCUAUUUCUCUCUCAACAUAUAUAUACAGAAGAUCAGUAUAUCUAUCUAUAUAUAUAUAUAUAUUCUAUGGACAAUAUGGCUGUAAAACAGAUAUCUUAUGGGGCAGAAACAGGGUACACUGACUUAGAAAAGAGGCAGCUUUUUUUGAGAAGCUAUCAAUUUAGCAGGAAGCAGAGUGUUACUGAGAAGAUGAAGAAUUCAUUCUUUAGAGUGAAAAGGGUGAUAUGGGUAAAGCUCAAAUCAGCAAGAAAAAUCAGAAAAUUGGUUUGGUUGAGGCUCAAAUAUGGCAUCUUUGGUUAUAGAAGAAGAAGGGUUUUUCGCCGACUUCACAAUUCCAGUAAUAAUUGUUAUACUACUGCGUGUUCAUCUUCUUGUUUCUGGUAGGGUGGACUUUUUUUAAUAUUUAUUUUUAGUAUUCUUUUGGUUUAUUUGGGAUUUAUGUAGUAGUAAAUUGGGUGUGUUUCGACUUUAAUACUGAAGGAGAAAAAAUAAAUGGCAAGUUCUCUGCUGACUUUAUUUUUCUCCAGUUACUUUCUACGUAUGUAAACAUAUAUUUCAUUAGUCUAGUCAAAGUGAUGGUAUCUCAGCUCUAUUUUUUUCUGUUUUUUUCCUGUUCUAGACAACUUUUUUGGAUACUGAUUCUAGUAAUAAAUUCAGAGUUUUAUUCA